AAUACUCAAUUUAUAUCAACCGGAACUUGUCGCAAAUAACCCGCGCAUUUAGUUUAUGGUUCAGUUUCAAUCAACGAGUGUGAGUAGCGGUAUGGUUAUGUCUUCUCAAAAAGUUUUUCGCCUCAUUAGUGGAGAUUAUAUGCCAUUAAUUGGCUAUGGUACUUUCAGGGUGCGUGGGCGCGCAUUAAUAUACGAAGUCUUGGAUUAUGCGCUGGAAGCUGGAUAUCGGCUCAUUGAUACAGCUGUUGUAUAUGGCAAUGAGGAGGAUAUUGGCGAAGCAUUAACAACUUUAUUACCAAAAUAUAAUUUGAACCGAGAAGAUAUCUUUAUAACGAGCAAAUUACCUCCAAAUCUUUAUGGCAAUUUUGAAAAGAUACUUGAUGUAGUCCAAAGCAGUUUGAUCAAGUUAAAGGUGCAGUACGUAGAUUUAUACUUAAUUCAUUGGCCAGGACAGCAGGGUAAAAGCCCACAACAAGAAGAUAACUCAAUUAUCAGGAGUCAAACAUGGCAAGCAUUAAUUGAAGCCAAGAAUAGGGGCUGGGUUAGAAACAUUGGUGUAUCUAAUUAUACUGUGCAACAUAUGACAGAGUUAUUACUAAAUAAUCAUGGUGUCAUGCCAGUUGUUAAUCAGGUUGAAUGGCAUCCAUUAUAUUACCAACAAGAGUUAUUAAAUCUCUGUCAUGAUAAUGGUAUUCUUCUUCAGGCAUAUUGUAGUUUAGGAGGCACAUCCGACUCACAUGUGUUACUGAAUGAUCCAAAUGUGCAAAGAGUGACUAAAAAUCUUUAUAAAACACCAGCUCAGGUGCUUCUUGCUUGGGCACUACAGCAGGGAGUAGGCAUAAUUCCAAAAUCAUUGAGAAAAGAGCACAUUAUUGCCAAUUUUAACUUGGAUUUCAAAAUACCAGAACAAGAUCUGAAAAUUUUAAAUCAUUUGCCUCAAAAGAAGUUUGCUUGGGAUCCAACAAUUGUAUCAUAAGUUCUUGUUAACAAUGCAUAUUAUAUAUUUUGUAAAUUCAAGUUAGUUCAUGUUUUAUAUCAUUUAUAAAAAUGUUUGCUGAUAA